AUGAGCAAGGGGAAGAGAAUCAACAGGGAGGUUAUGGGGGGAAAGGGCAAACUCAGCAAGAAAAAAAAAUUCGCGAAAAAAAUGGACGCUUUGAAGGGAAAGCUGUACCGUGCUCUGGGGGAGCGUCUGAGCGGUGACGAGGGGGGGAAGAGGCACCCACCGUGGGAGGCGAAGCUCGCCGGGUGGGGUAGCCGUGGUGGGCAUGAUCCCCCGACGCAGGCACAGAGGGAGGUGGAGCAAAUGAAACAGACGAAGCAGAUGAAGCAGAAGAAGCAGAAGAAGCAGAAGCGUGUCCACAACGAGGAGGACGAAGAACAGCUGUACGUAAGUGACCCGUAUAGAAACGACCCCCGCAGGGGUAAGCGUCACCCUGGCGCAAUCAAGCCCAAUCGUCACAACGAUCCACGUCAACAGGAACACAAAGUGAAGCGAUUAGACGGGGUGGGCAUAGGGAAGAGAAGAGAAAAUUCCCACCAUACGCAACUAAGGUGGGAACAAGGAGAGCAUGAAAAGAGCAUAAUCCAUUUCAUGAAAAAAAAUGGAAAUCUCCGUUUCAAUAAUUACCUGGAUGAUUUGAGGAGGAUCUAUUUCUGUGCAGGACGCACAGCAGACACGUAUAGAAUGAUGAUUAAGGAGAUGGAAGCUAAUAUGAGGGCUUUCCUUGGGGUGAAGCAGCAGCACUGCACCAGUGCUCCCCCUGCACAGUCAUUAACAUUGUCAUCAUCGUUAGCAACAUCCUCUUGUGCAUUCCCAACGGGGACAGACGAAGUAAACGCAUUCUCGCAGAGGCAGUAUCUGGUAAGCUCCACCAUUGAACUGUUCUACAACCUGGGGAAGGAGGUUAUGCACCUAACCCAAUUGAUGAAGCCCAGAAGGCACGAAAUAGCAAUCAGACAAAAGCUCGUAAAAGAUGUCCAAAUUUUCCUAAGGGGAAUAUACCCACAAGUAUACCUCCUCAUUUUUGGAUCGUGUAACACAGACCUGGAUCUGUACAACGCAGAUAUAGACAUAUGCAUCUAUAACAAUGUAGAAAAUGACAGGGCGAAUAUACGAAAAUUAUACAACGAAAUGAAAAGGAAUAAGCUUUUUCAAAAUGCAACAAUCAAACAAAUCAUAGGAGCAAAAGUGCCAAUAAUUAAAUGCUUCUUUACACAGGUACAAAUAUCUGUCGACUUCUCCUUCAACCAAGUCAGUGCCAUCGUCAGUACUGUAGAGACGCAGAGCUUUUUAAAAAAAGACCCUCUCCUCAAAUAUGUUGUAAUUUUUUUUAAAAUAAUUUUGUCAGAAUAUGACUUGAAUGAUGCAUUUCAAGGAGGCAUUAGUUCUUACAAACUUUUUCUCAUCAUUGUCAAAUUUGUGAAGGAACAUUGUUUCGUUUUUUCUGGAAAGAAUAUCUACCUCUAUAUCGGAGAAGUGGUUCAUAAGUUCGUUUCAUAUUUGUCCUUAUUUAGGGACAAGUCGGAGGACAGCAUGGCUUCCUUCUUCUCCGCCAUAUGCAAUUACAACAUGCCAGCGGGAUCGGUCAGUCAACCUGAGCAGUAUGUUCGUCUUGGCGUUACCCCCAUGAAUGCGACGCUCCAACUGGUGAAGAGAAAAAGUACCAAAGUUAUUAAAAAGCUCUUUAAUCAUAUAUUCUGUAAAUUAGGCCUAACCAACCAGAGCUUUAACGAGAAGAAGGCAGACCUCUCCUUCGAUAAGUUAUUUCAAGUCAGGCAAUGCAUGAAGGAGGCCCUCUACUCCCUAGCAGAUAUGCUCAUACAACUUGUGAAGAAAAAAGUCCAAAACAUCUCCCCGGAGUACGAUGCUGCCAUUUUUGCCGAUGCUCUCUCCAUCGUGGCCUUCUUCCACUUCCUGAGAGAGGAACGGCUCAACCGAUUUCUGCGCGACUGCCAUGGGUUCUUCAAACAGAGGGUGGUACCCCUACCGGGUAAGCCGCCACCCGGACAGGUGACCCCAACUGAUGAUGUCAUCGAAAUUGUUGAUGAGCCAAAUGGGGAAGUCACACAGCAGGAGCAGAAGCAGCAGCAGCAGGACCACCCUCCGGAAUGCAAACUGGACGAGGUGAACGCACCGAAUGAUCAGUUGGGAAACCCCCACACGGGGAAGCGGAAUCACAGCACUCAUUCGGAUUACCAUCCCCGAGACAAAACAGGUAGUACACUUGACCACCUAUUCAAUCCCGCAGAGGGGCCACCCCCCCUCAUGAGCUACUUUCAAUGCAACACCUUCGAUGAGGUCCAAGCCAACGUCAACCGUCUCUACCUAUCCAUGGGGCAAAAAACAAAUAACCAGAAUCGCCUCGUAAAGAAAGUUUGCUCCAAGCUGGUAAUUAUGAACUCCAUGCUGGACUUAAAUAAGCUUCUCUCUAACAGGUUUCAUUACCACCAAAUAUUUUUGCCGUCCUCAGAGGAGAGGAAGUGCAAGGGCUCAGCUGCUUCGCCAGAGGAGGGUGCCCCGCAGGACGAAGCCCACCUGGCUCUGCUGAAAAGGCAGAUGCUGGCCAGCUUGGUCAGGUUUAAAAACUACGACCCCAGUGAGGUCAUGGGGUUGGAAAUCAAAAGCGAGUUUUUUGUGAACAGCGCAGACACGGUGUUCAAAUGA